AUCGAGAGCCGUGUUCGGCGGCCGUUCCAUGGCCGAAACGCUGAUUGGUCUAGAGGACAAAGGAAAUGACCGGAAGUAAAAUAUAUAGUAUUAUGUUACCGAACGGAUCUACCGAACGACGCCAUUUUGUAAAUGAACGUAAACACUCUGGAAUGACUCUUGAAAUAAGCGAAGAACWGUUUGCUAAAGGUUUAGAAGAUGCUCUCCAAUAUUUCCCAGGGAUAGAUCUUAAGUCAGGACAAGCUGAGUGCAUAAAAAGGUUGUUUUUUUUCCAUCAAGAUGUGCUGGGUGUUCUUCCUACUGGCUACGGUAAGAGUUUAAUUUACCAACUUCUUCCGAAACUUUUCUCCGCCAUAUGGAGGGCUAAACACAACGAAGAAAAACAAUUCAAAGUAAUAGUUAUUAAUCCUCUCGAACUGAUAAGACGUCAGCAAGUUGAAAAGCUUGUAAAAAUAGGAAUUAAAGCUGCAACUUUGGAGUCAUGUUCUAGCCAAAACGCGUUUGAUGCAGAAAUCAUUUUUGGAAGCGCUGAACAGUGGCUAUCUGAAGAAUGGAAAAAGGAACUUAAGGGUGGAUGUCUGAAAGACGUAUCUGUGCUAGUGGUCGACGAAGCGCACACUGUUGAAACUUGGGGAAAGGGAAAAAAAAGGAAGGCUGCAUUUAGGCAAGCCUUUGGUCAAGUUAAAGACCUGCGGUCUUUUCUUGACCAAAAGCCACUUCUAGCCCUGACUGCCACAGCAGAUGUUGAUAUGAGAAAACGUUUAUGCAGCCACUUGGCUUUAAAAAGUCCAUACCAAAUCGUCAUUAGCCCCAAUAAUGAAAAUAUCCGGUUYACUGUGGUGAAAACAGACAAACAUCUCUCUUGUUUUGAUUGGUUAGUGGAACUGAUAGCAUCUGAACAACAGAACAYUCCAUUUACAAUUAUAUUUUGCCAUACUGUUAAUGAUAUAGUACUGGUUUUCAGCACUUUGCUAAUGAAGCUUGGUGAAAAAGCAUACAUUGCUAGUCCACUUGAACUGUCGAAAAGAUGUUUACUUGGAGUAUAUUACUCUGCAACUCCCACUUCAUUGAAGGAGAAAAUAUGUGAUUCAUUUGAAGGAAAGGAAGGAUGUACAAGAGUUGCAAUAGCAUCCACUUCAUUGAGUAUGGGUGUGGACUACCCCAACGUCAAGUAUGUUAUCAACUUUGGGCCUGGACGAAGUGUCACAGAUCAUCUUCAGCAGGCUGGUCGUGCAGGAAGAGACUCCUCAAGUGCAUUUAACAUUAUAACUUACCUUGGCAAACACUUGAGAGACUGUGAUUCAUCUAUCAAGAAUGUCAUCACAAAAAAUGAAUGCAUAAGAAAGCUGCUACUAUCAACCUUUGUGAAUGAACCUGUACAGUCUGUUCAACCAUUGCAUAACUGUUGCAGUAGAUGCCACCUCAAUUGUAAAUGUGGUGAUACAGAGUGCCUUGUUCCAUUGUUCAGUUUUGACAAAAUAGACGAGGAUAAAUCAAAGACCAAUGCUAGUGGAAGAAUUGUUACUGAAACUGACAGAAAUUGCUUGAAAGAUGCAUUGCAAGAAAUGAAACUCACUCUCAGUUUUCAGUCAGGCUUCACAUUGUUCGACCAUACUGGGGUCAUCACGCAUGGACUGUCAGAUAGUAUCAUUGACUCUCUGGUUUUGAAUUGUGAACAAAUCUUCAGUGUUGCAGACUUAAUAGACGUUGGAUUGAUAACUUCCCUGAAAGUGGCAGUAACUGUUCUUGAAGUAUUUAAUGAAAUCUUUGAAGAUGUUGAACUAAGUGAUGACCUUCAUGAACUAGCUGAACUGUCAAGCUCAAUGUACAACAAUGUCAUGCAUGAGUAAUUAACAACACAUCUUAAAAUUACU